AAAAUGACUGACGAUGAAAGAAAUAGUACUAGUUCUGAUAAUUAUGCCCGUGAUUAUUUUAAUGUUCACAGAGAUCCCUUUACCAUUCAGUAUACAAAAAAAAACCCAAAUUUAUUUUUUGCUUAUGCUCACGGCAGCACUACAUUUCAAAGGGGAGAACUUGGUUUAUCGAAUAGUUAUUUAGAAGGUUAUUUGGUCCUCAAAUAUGAUAAACCUGUUAAAAUAAUAUCUAUAACCCUCCGCAUUAAAGGUACCGAAAAAGUGGAAGGAAAAGGGCCAGGAAAUCGAGGUGCAACAC